UUACCAAGGAUCGAUCCAACAUCGAUUGCUCCUGAUCGAAAAUAUCAGGCCUAAAGUGAUCUCGAGACUCGUUCUGGAACGCGACGACAAAUCACCCAGCCGGUCCAGAUCUUUCGCGGGUGUUUAUGUUUGGAUACUGAAUCGUGUUGCCGUCUUGUUAAAAUUUAUAAGAGUCACCUUCUCGUUCGAUUUCUUCAACCACUUACCAAGACAAUACGUUCCUCAAGAUGUCUUCAAGCGCGCUCACUUCGUCUGACAAUUCUAUCGACGCUAUAUGGGGUCCGGGGUUCAUCGGGUUUAUUGUCAGUGUGGGGUUGUAUGGACUUACUAUAUCACAAACACUUCAUUAUUAUCAAUAUUACUACCAUGAGGACGAACUACCGCUCAAGUUGCUCGUCCUGAUCGUAUUUUCAAUGGAUUCAUUUCACGUCUACGCGACAGCCCAUUCCUUUUGGCGCUAUUUCAUUGAAGGGCGUGUUAUCUCGACCCUCGGCAAUGCGCUUCCUUGGCAACUAAUUGCAUCUUUGAUGACCACCUAUGUAAUAACAUUUUUUGUACAAAGUUACUACGGAUAUCGAGUCUUUAAAGUGAGCCGACAUAAUAAAAUAAUACUGGGGGCCAUAUGUUUCUUCGCGCUCGUCCAACUUGCUUCUGGCACUGCAUUUGUGGCAGAAGAGUUCAAUGCCAAUGCCAAUGCGCGGACGGACAUAUUCUCGAAUAGUGCGUUGUUGAUACUGGAACUGUCUAGUACCGUGCUAGGCGACUUGUUGAUUACUUGCGCGACGGUCUGGUACCUCCGUGCAGAGCGAACCGGAAUGCAGAUGACGGAGAAGCUUGUCCACCGGCUUGUCAUUCACGCCAUUAAUAUGGGAAUGGUUGGAGGCCUCGUGGCGCUUGUUCAAUUGAUUGUGUUCGUCGCCCGACGCAGAGAGAUGCUAUUCUUUGCCCCGAACUUGGUUGUUAGUAAAUGCUAUGUCAAUAGUUUGCUAGCGACACUCAACGCAAGGCACUCGAUUCGUGAUGCCCGUGAUGCGUGGAUGGAUGAUGAUAAUGCGCAUGGCAUCGUUCUUCAUCGAGUCGGGCACAAUGCAUCAGCUGGACUGUGGGGACGACACAAGACACCUAUGGACAUGAAGGAACUCCGCCGCUUCCGCCUCGCCAUGCAAAAACACGCUGAUUCUAUGAGCAUGGCGACUGCCGGAGAUGAGGAGGUUCCGCAUGAUCGCAAGUAUGCCGAUCGUGGAGAUGCCAAAUCUGCGUUAAAAAAUUACGAGAUAAAAGCACAAGGAAGUGUAUUUGUGAUGGGGGACCUGGCUGCAUGAGGAAUCACCCGCAGUCUGUCCUUUACAUGACUCCCUGUAAUUGUACGCAGACGGGAUGCCGUCCGGAGGUUGGACCUCCCCAUACCUACCUUAGAAUAUCUUAUUGCUGCCAAAAAAAAAAGUAAAACUAGGAUUGUAUAACAUUCGGAGGGAUCAUAGUCUAUCUAAUGCACUGCCUUUGAACCGACAUUAGACCAACGACUUUUGAUAUAUUGCUCAGGCGGGAACGACAGGAACGACUAGGUGAAACGAGAGACCAACGAGUGAUAUCGAUCACCUCCGAUCACGGAAA